CGCCUCGAAGCGAAAUGGAACCGAAUCCAAGUGGGUCACCAGGGGUCGUACUCGGUGGAGCGUCUCGAGAGUUUCGACCAUUACUGCAAGACGACAUCGCCAGCUCGAGUACUUCUGGUCUGCAUACUGACCCCGCUGCCUGCACUUCUGGCCCCCGUAUUGCUCGAAAGUCUGCCUCUGAGACCUCCUUCUGAAUCCUGGACCGCUAAUUGGGUGUACUGGAUUCGCUUGGGCUUGGCAAACUUCGUGAUGAACUUUGCCGGUAUGUCGCUGCUCGUCCCUCUUGUUCCCGAAUUGAAGCCAACAUCUCGUAGGAGAUUGAUAUUGUGCGUGGUUACGACUGGGGGAUACGUGGCAAGUUUCGUGCUGGGAGCAGCCGGUGUUGGCUUUCCAGUCCCAUUUACCUUGUACAUUGGGAGGCUCUUCGUGGCACUUUACAUCCCAACGACGAUGCUAUUUGUUUUUGGCCGGAACACUUUUUCUGGUUCGUUGCCUUGCCGUCCCAAUCUCGAGCGCUUCUUUAGCUGCUUUCGAGGGUUCAUGGCACAGACCACCAUUUCCCCCUUCUACAAACUUCUCUACGGAUUCGUGCCUGUAUCAUAUCGAGGUCUUGUGGUUUUGGUGCUCCCAGUCUGGAGGUUUGCUGCCAAAGAAUAUAUGGUGAGCUGCAUCCGUGGGAUGGAAGACUUUAUCCCUGAAAUCGUUGCUAUGACCGUGGAUUUUUUUCAGCGCGUUGUUUGUAUCGGGUUGCAUGUCGUCCUCAGGAUCAUUUUACCUUUCAGCGUUGUUUAUCGUCGCGGAUCUCGGACAAUCGGCACUAGAAUUUCGUGA